AUGGAUGAAUGGUUCGAAGAACUUCUUCAGCAGGGCCCACGCCCCAAAUGUGCCAAGACAUCACCAAGUGAUGAAAGUGGCGUUGACUUGGAUGAUCCCUACCAGGACUAUUUCGAUAGGACUUACCCCCCUAAUGCACCAAGCAGUCCUCCAGAGAAAAGAGAUGAAUCGGUGUCAAGCUCUUCAUCACUGGCAUCGCUAGCUGCUGACUUUGAUGCCUUGAACUUUCCUUGGGCAUCUGUGAAACCGUUUGGCAUCUUGAACCAUUGCGUGAUGCCACGCCAUGGCAAGCCAACCUCUGGCAAAGUUUUAGCUCACGCUAAAAACCAAAUCCAAGCAUUUAGGGAACAAAUGGGGGUACGCGUUUGUGUGUUUAAAGUGGGAAUCACAUGUAACCCCAUCCAGCGCUUCAUUUCCUACCGGGAAGUGGGAUUUACCGACAUGUGGGUAGUGACAAUGUGUGACAGUGUUGAUUCGAUAUCUAUGCUGGAAGCAGCUUGCAUUGCCUUGUUCAGUGCGCAUGUCGGUUGCAGAAAUAAAGCUGAAACUGGGGGGGAAGGGGCUCUGAACAGAUCCCCUCCCCCCAAACCACCUUUUUUCUUGUACGUCACAGGUGGGCGUGCUGACCAACUUAGAAAGGUUGGCUGACAGAUUUUGUUGCCUACUGAAAGAAAA